CGUGGUUGUUUGUUUGCCACCACUCCACUCAGGCCGCCCUUCUGCGCUGAGCUAUAUAAUGGAAUUCCUUAUCUUUUAUUCUAAUCCUUCUUCCAACGAACAAGUUUACAAAUACUCUCUCUUCUCUUUCUUCUCAUUUACCCCCCAAUACACAACACUUAAUCAUGUCUGGUCGAGGAAAGGGUGGCAAGGGUCUCGGCAAGGGUGGUGCCAAGCGACACAGGAAGGUCCUUCGUGACAACAUCCAGGGUAUCACCAAGCCCGCUAUCCGACGUCUUGCUCGACGAGGUGGUGUCAAGCGUAUCUCUGGUCUCAUCUACGAGGAGACUCGAGGCGUCCUUAAGAUCUUCCUUGAGAACGUCAUCCGUGACUCUGUUACCUACACUGAGCACGCUAAGAGGAAGACUGUCACCUCCCUCGACGUUGUCUACGCCCUUAAGAGGCAGGGCCGUACCCUUUACGGUUUCGGUGCUUAAGCCAUUUAAGUGUUGGUCCAGGAGGUAGCAGGGCUUUGUCAAUGUUCUUCGUUUUCGCUACUUUAUUUAUAUAUGCCAUCGUGAGAUGAUGCACGUUAUGUUAGUCUGCA